AUGCCAAUCACGGGGUUUUUGGGCUUCCUGCAAGUAGAUAAUGCUAAAGAACUCGAAGAAAUGGAGAACAAGGGCUACUAUAUUAUUGCUAGCAAACCGGUGCCUGACGAGAGCUCUGUCCAGUCGGUUGAAGAAUCUAUCCGGAGGAACAGCUUGCAUGGCAGUCCAUCAGGUUCGGAUACCGCAAACUGUUUGGAUUGGCGCACCUACGGGGGGGUGAAAACUAAGGAAUCAUGGGAAAAGUUCAUGAACAUUGGUUUUAAUUUAGACAUCAACCUUGUGGCGCGGUUUGGUAAGGCUCAUAUUCACAAGACUAGGGGCAAGUUCAGCAUGUCUUCUAAUAAGGUUCACAUAAACACAAUUGUUAGAUUCGCUGGAGGUAAAGGCUAG